CUCACGACUUCUUCCGCACAGCACAGCACAGCAUACAUACCAUCGCCCUCGACCUCGAUCGCGAUUGUUGGGCGGAAAACCAACCUAGCACAGGACAACCCCUCGCCAUCAAACCCCAACCCACCCACCCGACAGAAGCAAGAAAGAAUGUCCCUCAUCAUCCUCGGCGGCGGCAUCAUCGGCCUCUCGACGGCCUACUACGCCGCGCAGGCCGACCCCACCCGCAAAAUUCAAAUCGUCGACUCGGCCGCGGCCCUCUUCCAGUCCGCCUCGGGCUUCUCGGGCGGCUUCAUCGCCAAGGACUGGUUCGCGGACGAGGUCACCUCGCUGGCCGACCUCUCCUUCCGGCUGCACCAGUCGCUGGCGGACGCGCACGACGGCCGCCGGAAAUGGGGCUACAGCGCCAGCCGCGCGUUCGGCGUGACCAUGGACGAGCUGGAUGCGCACGGCCGCAAGACCGGCGGCAAGGUGCGCGGCGAGGAUUGGUUGCUGUCCGGCACGAGUCGCGCGGAGGUCGCCAAGCAGUUUUCCCCGUCCGCUAGUCCUACCCAGGGGAAGGGGGAGAGGGAUGGAAGGUUGGAUGGCCACGGCACGCCGACGUGGAUGAAUCGCCCCGCCGAGUGCGUGGUCGAGGAGAUCUCCAGUGACGCGGGGUGCGCGCAGGUGGACCCCAAGGCGCUGGUGGAGUGGUUGCUGGCGCAGUGUCGGGAGCGCAGGGUGGAGAUCCUGCUGGACACCCGCGCGACGGGGUUCAAGGUCGACCGCGACGGCCGGAUUGAGGCGGUCACGGCGGAGCAGCGCAUGUCGGUGCACAGCACCCCCGUCGAGAUCUCGUUGCCCUGCAAGGACGUCGUCAUCGCCGCCGGGUGCUGGACCCCCCGCGUGUUCCAGACGCUCUUCAAGCGCAAGAUGGCGGUCGGGAUUAAUGGACUGGCCGGGUACAGUGUCAUCGUGCGCUCGCCGCGGUAUACCCGCUCCGUGGCGCAGAAGGACCAUUCGAUUUUCUGCGCCCCCGGCCCGCAGUGGGAGUUUGCGCCGGAGAUGCUCGGCCGCGUGAACCAAGAGGGGGUCCCCGAGAUUUACAUCGCGGGGCUGAAUAGUGAUCAGAUGCCGUUGCCGGAGGUGGCCGGGGAGAUUCCGAAGUUGCGGGAUCAGAAGCAGGUGGAGCGGUUGCGGGAGGUGGCCAGGUUGUUGACCGGCAGCGAUGCUUCGACGCAGAGUGAGUUGGAGAUUGUGAGUGAGGGCUUGUGUUUCAGGCCGGUCUCGACGACCGGCUCUCCGAUUAUUUCAUCAGUCACGGGGGCUGUGAGCAGCGCUGGCGGCAAGGUGUAUGUCGCCAGCGGACAUGGCCCGUGGGGAAUCACCCUGGCCUUGGGAACCGGCCAGGUCGUUUCCGAGCUUCUGACGGGCAAGACCCCCAGUGCUGACAUCAGCAAGCUGGCGCUGAAGCAGGAUGUGUCUUUGCUCAAGAGCCAGCUGUAGAUAUGUGGUGUUUGUCCUAUUAGCGUGUU